GGCCGCUUGUCACAGUGCCGUGCGCGUGACGCGUGUGCGAGGCUCGUUAUCGGCGCGCAGGUGUCUACGAUUUACGUCAAUCGGAGUGGAGCGAUCGCGACAGGUGGAGGAGGAUAUUCUCGCGAUAGAGAGAGACUCUUUCGGUUGGAGCGAUUACGGAGGGAAUGGAGAUACAUCGAUUUUCGCAUAAAGCUAACAGGAUCCUUUCGUGGCGAUCGAAUUGAGGGAUACCGAAAAUGAUCGAAAGCAUGUAAAUAUUACCCGGAGAACGUAAUCUUGACUCCCGUCACCGCCUACCUCUCCCCGUCGAGUCCCGUGUGUGCGCGCGCGCGCGCGCGUGCUUUGACCGUAUGCUCGGCGUGUCAUCGAUUUUUCGGCGAUUGUGUACGACCCGUGUCGCCGGUAGGAAUCGCGAACAGGAUUAUGAAGAGGAUCAACAUUCCCGCGGUUAGUAAGAGCGCGUAAAAAGAAUUACGUGCGUGCGUACGUACGCACGUACGCAAGCGAGCACGUCGCCGUCUCGUGCCGCGAAAGGAGAGAAAGCAACAGAGAAAAAGAGAGAGAGAGAGAGAGAGAGAGACAACGAGAACGCGAGCUAUCGACAGCGCGCGUCCAACAUGGCUACCGCCGGCAACAACGCGAAUGCCGGCAACGAGGCAGGGAACAGUAGCAGCAACGUGCCGCAAUGGAAACGCGACCUGAUACAACGUCGUCGUCAACAGAGCAAGGUCCUCGCCAACAACGGCGCGAGCGUCAAACUAUGUAGCGCGGUGAUCGGCACGUCGGGGAACGCGACAGCCUCGGAUGGGGUCAUCGAGCAGAACGCGUCAACGGUCCAGGAACAUUGCUCGAUCACCGGCACGCUCCGGAUGGCGCAACGUUUAACAACAACAACGAGCAGCGGCGAAGACACCGCGACGACCGUCGCGGUUUGCGGUGCCGGUGGCAGUAGUGGUGGUGGUGGUGGUGGUGGUAGUGGUGAUAAUUCUAGUAACGCGCUGCUCUCUCCCCCCUCCUCGUAUCCCGCGAGAAGGCCGCCGACCAGUGGCGCCACCAUCGUCGCCGGCGGUGCAACGGCGACGGUUGCCGACUUCGCGUCGUCAGUCGCGUACAACAUGCGUCUCGAGGCGGAUCUGUCGCUCUGCUCGGACGCGGAGGAUGUUGUGAACGGCGCGCCGAACAAGUUCGCGGACGAGCGGAAAUUUUCGGAUUACGCCGGUGACGAGAACGAGGAGACGGCGUCGAGAACGCCGGACGGUAAGCUGGUAAGAGCGAUCGCCAGGAUGAAUAACGAGAGUAACGCGUCGACGCAGCGCGGUGAAGUUCGCGCCAUUGUGACCGGGCGCGGGAAGGACAUUCUUGGUGGAAGCAUCAGGACGCUGAAGGAGUUGCCGCCGACGAGCGGUCGCCGCCACGUGUCCGGCGAGGACGCGGAGAGCGAUAGCUCCGAGGAGCUACAGUACGGUCCGGGAAUCGUAAAUAAGCUUAAGAGCAAGUAUCUUAACCUAACCUUGCGCGAGACGAACAAGAGCCGCGCAUCGGUACAGCGAUUCCGGCGGGCGGCAAGUCUCGAGGAUCUAUUGGACCGCGACGACGACGAGGCGUCCAGUCACGAGAAGCAAUCCGCUAUCGGUAGGAAAUAUACGAAGCGGAGCGGCGGUUUGACGGGCGGCGGCGGCGGCGGUGUCGUCGCACCGAAGACCGACAGGUACCGAAACGCCACCCGGGGCAAUGACUCGAUGAAGCGGGCGCGUAGCGUCGAGACCUUGAUGAGGUACAACAGCGUGACGACGGACGAGCCGAUUAUGCGCCAGCUUGUUCCGGUUACUCGACCGGCGACGAACGGCAUGCGCCAGGAGCCGGUCAAUGACCACAUUAUUCUCGUGGAUCGCACGUCCGUGAAGAUCGAGAAUCGUUUGGGCGAGCUCGAGCGGCCUAAACCGAUCAACAAGCCCAAGAGGAUCAAGCCGAUAUUGGCGGAAACGGAACGACCGCCACCGGAUCUAGUCAAGACCACGAUGAGGAUCUUCGAAGGCUCCGCGAAGAAGGUGAAGCCCAAGGGCGAGGUCGCCGCGAAGGUCGCCACUUUCAAGACCAUCAACGACACGUUCAAGGCGCAGAAGAAGCUGAUGCCGAAACCGCCGAUACAGCCCAAGCCCUUCAUCAACGGCGGCGCUCGCGCCGGUUCCGGGGGCCUCGUUUCUCCGAAGAAGAUUGUAUUGCCGCACAAGCCGACAGCGAAGCUGAUCGAGACGCAGGAUGGCAAGGAGGAGUUUCAUAUAGAUGGCGUGAUCACGGAACCGAUCGCGCAAUCGGUGUCCUCGGUGGUGAGCAAGUUCCAGCAGAUCGAAAAAUCGCAUUCGCCCUCGCCGUCACCGGAACCCUCGUGCUACAAGUUCAAGUUCUCGCCGGCGAACAGUCCCGAACCGCCGCAGAUGUAUAAGCCCAAGUCAGCCGCUCUCGAGAUCGUCGUCAAGUCACCGCCGGUCACGCCGGUACUUUCGCCGAGGAUCUUGUCGCCCAGAUUACAGAGCCCGCCUUCGCCGAUCAAGGACGCCACACAGGGCUCGCAGAGUCCCUCCUCACCCGUCAAGGACUCGAUCCGGGUUCAGAUCUCUAAUCCGUUCCACAAACCGCCACUGCCGAGUCCCAGGGAAUCCUCGAAGACCCCAGAACCGGAAUCGUUCAAAGUUCUUCGUCCGCAGAUCGAGAAGGAGCCUUCGAGGAUGAACAUCGAGAGUCAAGAAUCAUCCAUCAAAGCUGAACAAAAAGAGGACGCGAAAUCGAGUCGCGUAACGUCCAACGAUGAUGAAGAACAGGAGGUCGUCGACGGGCCGAGAACCAUCUCUAAGAUCGCUUUAGACAACAUCGGCAGAGCCGGCAUAACGAUGCAAUUCAACUUCGGCGACAAGCCCAUGACCGAUAAAAGUUAUCUACCGGGUGCGAAACAAAAUGGACAAAGAACAGCCGACGAACGAGUGCCGGAAGACGAUCAUUGCGCAAAAACGGAAUCCAAAAGCAAGACGAUUAUUCCGUCCGAUGCACCUGCCAGCGUCGUGAUGACCUCGGAGACGACAUACAGAUUACAAGAAAGACUUGGGUCCGAGAAGCUCGACGAUGGCAAGGUGGACGUCGAGGAGAAGCUGAUCGUGCCGGAGAGCAAACCCAUCGGCGCCAUCUGUAGUCUAGGCUUGAUCAAGACCACGACUACGACAACGGCAUAUCCGCAGAGCAACAACGAGGCGAAGACGAUAAGAUGCCAGCAGCAGAAGAGCGAGUUCUCGCCGCCCCAGAAGCAGAUCGGUAUCAUACGGCCGCUCGUUUCAACGCAGAAGACGCAGUAUCCGCAGAAUCUGAGCAAUCGCGAGCUCGAGAAGAACCUGAUCAAUCGAGUCAAGAGUAUCGAGCAGCCGACCAAAGUGGUAGUGAGCCUGAAGAGCGCCGACGAGAUACAGCCGGCGAAGAAGACGAGCGCGGGAGGUGGAGGAGGUCUCUGGGAUAAGAAGCCAUGGAACCAGCAAAACAAUACGAUGGUGUUCAACUUCAGCAACCGAAAGGACGUGCCGGAUUACAUUGAGAAUGACGGUCUCAUCAUCAGGAGAAAGCGGGAAAAGCCGAAGGUGAGUCAUUAAUUGCAUUCUUU